GCGCUCCUUGUUUCUUGAUCACUCCCUUUUCCUAUCAACUCCCAGCAUCUCGCGGGCUGUAGCGCUAUAUAAUCACUCUCUGCACUCUCAACAUUUCAGCCUUUGCUUGACGUCUCGCCAAGCGUGCAGUCCAUCUCGAUAUGGCUCUGGACACUCUACCGACCGAAUUGCUCACGAUCAUCAUUGGCCACUACCCCCGUCUUCCCCUCAACGUCGGAGGGUGUCUGCCAACCCAUGGCCACCAAUAUCUUAUCCGCCAUCGAACAAUAUACGCGCUUUCCCAAACCUCUAGCCGGUUGCGCAGCGUUUUUUUGCCACUCGUGUGGCAGAGCGUCGAGGUUUUCUGCCCGACUGUUCGUGGUGCGGACGGACAAAUGAAGGGAGCGCGGUGGAAGAAGGAGAUGGCUACGGAGCUUGUGCGCCAGCUUGAGAUAGUUACUAUCCGCGACCCGACGUUGGCGGAAUAUGUUCAGUCCGUGACCGUAUACCUCACCGACUACUCGUGGAGAGGUGUCUUUCCCGAGUUCUGUCGCGCCCUCGCUGCCAUGCCCAACCUCAAGACACUCCACAUCGUCGAUGUCAUCGACACUCGGGAGAAGGACGAGUCUCACUGUUUGGUUGAAGCCUUCAAGAAAUACCCACAGCUGUCGUCCGUUCGAUAUCUGUCCAUUCCCGACAAGAUUUCCGGCAUCAUGCCCCAUACGCCCAACGUGCUGCGCCUCUACUUGUCGGAGUCAGAAUAUCAACGUCGAUCUGACGACGUCUUCGCGCAUAUGCGCCAUGCGCCAAGGCUAAGACUCACGACAUAUCAAUUUGAGAUCCAUCAGAAGGAUGUGUGGCCUAAUAUUGUCAAAUACUGGCCACACCUUGAGCAUCUGAAUCUUAUCCUCAGACGCAAAAACGAGUACUAUUCUGGGCCGAGUCGAGACGACAAUGUCAUACGGCAGAACCUCGUAACGAUUGUGUCCAGCCUUCCAAGACUGAAGUCCAUUCAUGUUCGCAGCGUCCGCGAGAGCAUGAUACACUAUAGCACGGAGGAGUUCCAGCGAGACUGCGAAAAAUUGGUGCUACCUACACUGGCUUAUGCUCUGCAGAAAUGCCUGCGCAAGGAGGCUGGAGUCGUGUCGUCGGUCAAACCUCCUCCUCCUCAUCCAAGGCGCUUGUACCCGUCUAGAGCGCCCGUUAAGCGGGCAGCCCGUGUUGGCAUGGCUCUGGACGCGCUACCGACCGAGCUGCUCAUGAUCAUCGUCGACCACUACCCGCGUCUUCCUCUCAACUGUGGAGGGUAUCUACCGACUGAUGGAGAAGAGUUCUUGAUACGCCACCGGACCAUUUACGCGCUUUCGCAAACCUCUAGCCGGCUGCGCAGCGUGUUUCUGCCGCUUGUGUGGCAGAGCGUCGAGGUUUUUUGCCCAACCUCUCGUCGAGGGGAAACUCAGAUGUUGGGGGCACGGUGGAAGAAGGAGAUGGCUACGGAGCUCGUGCGCCAGCUCGAGAUCGUGACCAUUCGGGAUCCGACGCUGGCGGAGUACGUCCAGUCUGUGACCGUCUACCUUACCGAGUACUCGUGGCAAGGUGUUUUCCCCGAGUUCUGCCGCGCCCUUUGCGCGAUGCCCAAACUCAAGACCCUGCACAUCGUUGAUGUCGUCGACACCCGGUCCAAGAACGAGUCUCAGCAUCUGGUCGCAGCCUUCAAGAAGCACCCGCCGCUGCCGUCUGUGCGCAACUUGUCCAUCCCGGAAAAGAUCUCCGGCGUCAUACCUUACAUGCCCAACAUCAAGUCGCUGAGGCUGUUCGGGUCGUCAUUUCCUCGGCCCUCCAAAGACGUAUUCACGCACAUGCGCCGCGUGUCGGGACUCACGCACACAUCGUAUAAGAUGGAAAUUACGUGGAAGAAUUGGCCGGAUCUGGUCCAGAAUUGGCCGAACCUGGAGCACCUGAAUCUCACCAUCGAGCGUCAAGGAACAUAUUCCUUCUCACCGAAGCGCGAUAACAAUGCUAUACGGGCUCGUGACUUUAUCGUCUGGCCAAUUUUCUGUAACUCACGCUCCUUACAGGAGAACCUCAACACUAUCGUCUCUCGCCUCCCAUGCCUCAAGUCCAUCUUCAUCCUCAAUGUUUCCGACAGACAGGAUUGUGAGAACCUGAUCAUACCUGCGCUGAAGUCGGCGCUACAGAAGUGCUGUCCCAAGCCGAUUGACGAGGUCGAAGGGGUUUCUCGGAGCGCACCUCCGCGUCCCAGGCGCUUGUACGUCGCAUACUACACUUCGCGCGAAGGCAGCUGGAGCGUCGUACUCGCUCAGAAGGUGAAGGCUGUUGAGUGA